AUGCCGCCACGCUUGCAGCGCACCAGUUCCUGCACGGACAUUGGCUUCAUCCUUCGCGAGCAGUUCCACAAGGAUGAAUUCAGACCCUUCCAACGUGAAAUCAUCGAGGCUGCCCUCGCCGGACAUGAUGUCUACGUCCAGGCCGCUACGUCGUUUGGUAAAAGCCUCUGCUUCCAGCUGCCCGCCGUCAUCAGCACGGGCAUCACCGUCGUCGUGUCGCCCUUGCUGAGCCUGAUGACGAACCAGGUUGACGCUUUGAGGGCCUCCGGCAUCGAUGCGAGCUCCCUGAACAGCAGCACCCCGCCUGCCGAGAGGGACCGAAUCCAGCGGGACCUCGAGACUGGCCACCCAAAGACCCGCCUCCUGUAUGUGACGCCGGAGCUUUGCUCGGUCCAGCGCUUCAGGGAGCGUCUGCAGCUCGUCCACCAGCAAGGGGAGCUCGCCAGGGUUGCCGUCGACGAGGCACACUGCAUCUCCGAGUGGGGGCACGACUUUCGCAGGGACUUCAAGCGUCUCUCAUGGUUCCGAGAGACCCUGCCCGACGUGCCCAUCAUGUGUCUGACGGCCACGGCAAACCUCAAGGUGCGCCAGGACAUCAUGAGAGUUCUAGGCAUCGAUGCCUCCUCCGACCGGACCAAGACGUUCCUCAUGAGCCCUCAGCGCCAGAACCUGCACCUCGAGAUCAGGUAUACCAAGGACGAGGACGACAACCGCUUGUCUGACUUCCUGCGAUGGAUACGUGCUGUGCACCAACGCCGCCGCCAGGACGACCGCAGGGCAGAGCUUGAACGAGCCGGCGAGCGUCUGGAUAGUGUGCCCGGCAUCAUCUACACCAUCUCGCGUGACGAGUGCGAGUCUCUCUCCUCGGCUCUCCGAGAGGAGGGCAUAGGUGCGAGGCCAUUCCACGCAAAGCUUCCCAAGGAGAUCAAGGAGGAGACUCUGACCAAGUGGAUCAACAACGUGCCCGGCUACGAUGUCGUCGUCGCCACCACUGCGUUCGGCAUGGGGAUCGACAAGGACAACGUCCGCUUUGUCGUCCACUGGCGCCUCCCCAAGUCCUUUGAGGGGUACUACCAGGAGGCUGGCCGAGCCGGUCGUGACGGCAACGCCAGCUAUUGUUUUCUCUAUUACAGCCGCGAGGACCUUGAGCGCAACACCCGGAUGAUCCGGACCGACGCGAAGGCUUCCGCCAACACUGAGGCUCGCCUGCGGAGCCUCCAGGCGCUGGCCCUCUACUGCGAGGAUACUGGGCAGUGUCGGCACGCCGUCAUCUGCAGCUACUUCGGCGAGACGGCUGCCUUGGGCUGUGACUACGCCUGCGACUGGCACAAGGACCCGCACGAUCUCGAGUCUCGUUUCAUGCGCGGCCUCGCAACCGAAGAGUUUGUCAGCACGCAGGCCAUGCAGGGCACCUACGACGUCUACUAUGAUGACUGA